GGUCUGAAGGGGGCCUUGGCUGUCACCACGUGAGGAAGAAGAGCCCGAAAGAGAGCGAGACAAUUCCGGGAGCUUUGACUCGAAGAGACCGACAGGGGAGAGAGAGAGGAAACUUCGAUUCUGAUUCAUGCGCGAAGCUACAGAAGAGUAGCCAGUUUACAGAAUGCCCUCAAUUACUCUACCGCCGAAGGAGAACGCUCUAUUCAAGAGAAUAUUGAGAUGCUAUGAGCACAAGCAGUACAGAAAUGGACUCAAGUUCUGCAAACAGAUCCUCUCCAACCCAAAGUUCGCCGAGCAUGGAGAGACGUUGGCGAUGAAGGGACUGACCCUGAACUGUCUGGGGAAGAAGGAGGAUGCGUACGAGCUGGUGAGACGAGGCCUGCGCAACGACCUCAAGAGCCAUGUCUGCUGGCAUGUGUACGGUCUGCUACAGCGGUCGGAUAAGAAGUACGACGAGGCCAUCAAGUGCUACCGCAAUGCUCUGAAGUGGGACAAGGACAACCUGCAGAUCCUCAGGGACCUUUCACUUCUCCAAAUCCAGAUGAGAGACCUGGAGGGCUACAGGGAGACCCGCUAUCAGCUCCUGCAGCUGCGUCCUGCGCAGAGGGCCUCAUGGAUCGGCUACGCCGUGGCCUACCACCUGCUGGAGGACUUUGAGAUGGCCGCCAAGAUCGUUGAGGAGUUUCGCAAAACGCAACAGACGUCACCAGACAAAGUGGACUAUGAGUACAGUGAGCUGCUGCUGUACCAGAACCAGGUGCUCAGGGAGGCGGGGCUGUUCAAGGAAGCACUGGAGCACCUCACCACCUAUGAGAAACAGAUCUGUGACAAGCUUGCCGUGGAGGAGACACGAGGAGAGCUGCUACUGCAGCUAGACCGCUCGGAGGAGGCCACUGAGGUCUACCGACAACUGCAGGAGAGGAACCCUGAGAACUGGGCCUACUACCAGGGUCUGGAGAAAGCACUGAAACCAGCUUGCAUAGAGGAGAGGCAGAAGCUCUAUGAGGAGGCGUGGGUGAAGUAUCCCAAAGGACUUGUUCCCCGGAGGCUGCCUCUCACCUUCCUAACAGGUGAGAAGUUCCGUGAAUGUCUGGACUGCUAUCUGAGGAUGAACUUCAGUAAAGGCUGUCCGCCCGUCUUCACCACUCUGAAGUCCCUGUAUCACGACAAGGAGAAGUUGUCCAUCAUUGAAGAAUUAGUGGUUGGAUACGAGACGUGUUUGAAAAGCUGUCGAAAGUUCAAUCAAAGUGAUGACGGUAAGGAGGAGCCCCCCACUACUCUGCUGUGGGUCCAGUAUUUCCUGGCUCAGCACUUUGACCACGUGGGCCAGCAGACGCUAGCCCUGGACUACAUCAACACAGCUAUCGAGAGCACACCCACGCUCAUAGAACUGUUCCUCAUCAAGGCCAAAAUAUACAAGCAUGCAGGUAACAUAAAGGAAGCAGCCAGGUGGAUGGAUGAGGCCCAGGCUCUGGACACUGCUGACCGCUUCAUCAACUCAAAGUGUGCCAAGUACAUGUUGAAGGCCGGCCUGGUCAAAGAGGCAGAAGAGAUGUGCUCCAAGUUCACAAGGGAGGGUGCGUCAGCGGUAGAGAAUCUGAAUGAGAUGCAGUGUAUGUGGUACCAGACAGAAUGUGCUCUGGCCUACAAGUCCAUGAACAAGUUUGGAGACGCACUCAAGAAGUGCCACGAGAUUGAGAGGCAUUUUGUGGAGAUCACAGACGACCAGUUCGACUUCCACACGUACUGCAUGAGGAAAAUGACGCUGCGAUCCUACGUGGACCUGCUCAAGCUGGAGGACGUGCUGCGCAUGCACCCCUUCUAUUACAAAGCUGCCCGCACCGCCAUCCAGAUCUACCUCGGCCUGCACGACAACCCACUCACCGACGACAACAAGGAACACCAGGCCGACGCCGAGAACCUGAAUGACAAGGAGCUAAAGAAGCUUAGGAACAAGCAGAGACGAGCCCAGAAGAAAGCCCAACUAGAGGAGGAGAAGAAGAACGCAGAGAAGGAGAAGCAGCUGAAGAACCAGAAGAAGAAGAAAGAAGAUGACGACGAGGAGAUCGGAGGACCAAAGGAGGAGCUCAUACCAGACAAACUGGCCAAGGUGGAGAACCCACUAGAGGAGGCAGUUAAGUUUUUAACCCCCCUGAAAAACCUGGUGAAGAACAAGAUUGAGACUCACCUCCUGGCCUUCGAGAUCUACUUCAGGAAAGAGAAGUACCUGCUGAUGUUGCAGUCGGUGAAGAGAGCAUUCUCCAUGGAGCCCUCUCACCCCUGGCUGCACCAGUGUCUAGUGCGCUUCUUCAAAGGAGUGUCCGACAGUAAGGACCUACCGGAGGCUGUGCGGACUGUUUUGAAGCAGGAGAUCUCACGGCUGUUUGGGGAGAGCAACCCCCAGAACUUUAACAAGAACUACCUGAGCCAACACUCCAACUCUAUACCACACCGCGUGGCUGCUGCUAAGAUGAUGUUCUAUCUGGACCCGUCCUCUGACAAGAUGGCCUCUGAGCUGGCUACAGCGCUGGAUGAGUCCCUCACUGGGAGAAGCAUCACGAUCUGCACAGAUGUGCUGGAGGCGCUGCGUGAGGGUAAUCUCGGCGAUGGGCAGCAGAAGGCUGCGGAGGCGUACCGCGCCGCGUGUAACAAGCUGUACCCCCACACCUUGGCCUUCAUGCCCCCCGGCUAUGAGGACAACGCCACCUCCACCAUCAGCGCCAACGGAGACCUGUCAGCAGGCGAGCACGACGACAUGGCCAACGACAUGUGAGAGGGGAGCGAGGGGAGGAGCGUACAAGCUGCCAGCCGCUAGUCUGCCAACACCUCAGCUACGGUUGUUUGUUUGUGAAUGCCCCCUGCAGUGCACUGACCUGGACUGAGAGAGCUGCGAAGAGGGAAAAACAAAUGCGCAUUUUACUAUUUUUUUUAAACCCUGUUGACAUCUCUUCUUUAACUGAACAAAAUAAAACUGUAAAAGAAAAGUG